UCUCAUAGUUGUUUUAUCAUAGUCUUGAGCUCUGGGAAGAUCUGUUUAGGUUUAUAUACCACUGUGAAACCAAAAUUUAUGUUAAUAAGUUAUUGAAGUGGACAUUAAAUAGGUUUUCAUUUUAUUGUGUUUAUAUUUUGAGGAUUGACCUGGCUGUGUAACCUAAAAGUACAUUUUAUUGAUCUAUACACAUCACAUUGCAAUGUUGACUUUAGUUUGCUACAUGUGACAUAACUUUGCAUUGAAAAUUAUGUUGUUACAUCUUUAGUGCUUACUGUAAAGCUUGAGUUUGAUUACUUGGAAAAAAAUUAGGAAAUUUAACAGUUAUACUAUUUGGUGCAAUUAAUUUUAUAAAAUGACAAGCUACUGAUUUAAAUAAUUCAUUCAUCAGCAUGAUUGUAAGUUGUAACAAAACAAUAUAAGAUGGCUUUUUUAAGUAUCUAAGUUUGUGUAUAGGGAUGCUAAUUUUGAGCUCUCCUCAAUGUUUGAUGAAUGGAAGAUACAAGAGUACAUAUGUUUUCUCCUCUCAGCAAAUCAAGAUUCCAAUGAAAUUUGAAUAAUUUUACCUAUAAUGGAGAUUGACCAGAUGAUUUAGCUCUCACAUAAUCUAAAUGUAUCCAUUGUGUCAUUGGUAAAUAUGGAUGUGUCUGCUUUGCUUAGCACUGGCAUUACUUGGGCAAUAUUAGAUUUAGCAAGUGAUGGAUGUACAUUUUACAUCAAGGGUACUCUGCAUUUGAUGGAUUGACAGAAAAUGACAAAUUCAUUUUUUUUGUAAGUAUUAAUUACAUUGAUCUUUUUCCCCCCCUGAAGUUCCAAUACUUAUCAUAAUUUUAUCUGGUCAUAUUAGUAGCUUUCUUUUCCUUCUCUCCCCUUCUUUACCUUUCAGUUUCUCUAUACAAAUAGACAAGGAAAGGGUAACCAUCUUAACUUCCAUUCAUUUCCAAUCCUCUCCACCUCAUUUACUUCCCUUCCUUUCCCCUGCCCUCCAGUGUCCUGUAUAUAUUGAAUGUUGGAUGAUUUCAUAAAGAGAGGGAGAUACUUGGUAAACAGAUGCUCUCUACAAUAAACGAGAAUUAACAAGUUAUUUGCUCUGCUGUUGUGAUUGAUUGAAAUGUUUUUAGCAAUGGCAUAGGUUGUUCUUAUUUCCUCUAUAAAACAAUGCAUAUGAGCAUGAAAUGUCAUUCCCUUCUGUUUAUAGUAUGGAAGGAAAAGAUUCAAGAGCUUCAAAGUAUUGAAACCCCUAUUUUGUGUGAAAAGAAAGGUGGGUUCAUAAUCUUAUUUUUUGAUGACUGGAAAUUUUUGUGUCGAUCGUUUUGAUUUUACAAGUAUUGUGAAAUGUGUAUGGUCUUUUUGAAGCUCAUCUGAAAAAGAAAAAAAAAAAAUCAACAGAACCCCCAAGGGAAAAGGUAGGAAGCAGUUGGAAUGAAUCAAAGUUGAUUUGCUGCGUAUCUUUCAUGGAACUACUUAAAUGGAGGAAACUUGUUCUAGUUAUUACGAAGACAGUUGAUUGAAAAGGGUUUAAGUGAGUUUUAGAUGAUGCUUUACUCUGGACUCUAAAGUUAGUCUUAUAUGGGGGAAGCCUCCAAGCGAGGCGCUUUCAACCAGGCUCUGUCCAGGUGUCCAGGUGAGGUGUCACCAGGUGCCCCCAGGCGAGAAAUUAAAAAAAAGAAAAAGUUGAGAAAGAGAAAAGCUAACCUAAUUUGUUUUCACUUAUUGGCAUCCACACGAUCACUAGAGAAUUAGGAUUUUAAGUUUGCAUGACAUAAUGAAUAUCUAGAAUUUUAAAUUAUAUUAUGUCUUGCAGGUGUCAGAGAAGCUCCCAAUGCCCCAUGUGCUGGCAGCCUAUCAGCCUGAAGGAUGCUACAAGUCAAGAAUUGCUUGAGGCCGUGGAACAUGAGAGGAGUUUUAGGUUUAAUCCAUCUAGAAAUGCCACCAUAUUUCAUCAUCCAACUCUGGGUGAUUUUGAAUUACAGCAUUUGCCAGUGGGUGCAAACGAUACUGAACUUGAAGAGCGUAUAAUCCAGCACUUAGCUGCUGCUGCUGCAAUGGGACGGCGUCACAUUGCUAGAAGGGAAGGUCAGAGGAAUAGAUCAUCAGCUCAAGGUCGUCCACAGUUUUUAGUAUUCUCGAGUCAUCCUAAUGCACCAGCUGGACCAAUUUCUUCCUCUCCAACUCAGAGAGAAGAGGGUGAAUCUGUAUCUACAAUCUCAGUACCCACUCCAUUAUCCCCUCCCAUGAAUGUCCGGGAAGAAUCUUUACGGUCAAUUACACCACAAUCAUCUGAUGUCCAAGCUGAUCCAGCAUUUGCUUCAGCUUCUGGAUCUAGUGUUCUUGCUUCCAAUCAACAUGAAAAUUCAUUGCACAAUAGGAGGUCUCCUAAUCAGUCUUCCCCAAAUAGCCAAGAGAGAGCGGGACCAUCAGAAUUUCAAUCUUUUUCAGAUUCUAUAAAAUCUAAAUUAAAUGCUGUUUCAAUGAGAUACAAAGAAUCAAUUUCAAAGAGUACAAGGGGAUGGAAAGAGAGAUUUUUUUCUCGUAGCAGUACUAUGGCAGAUCUUGGUUCUGAGGUUAGAAGAGAGGUUAAUGCUGGAAUCGCAACAGUAUCACGAAUGAUGGAACGUCUAGAAACAAGAGAAAACAAUAGAACCAGUACUUCUGCAUCAAACAAUGAGGAGGAUAGCUCAGUCUCAGUAACAGAAUCAAACAACCAACAAAUAUCAGAAACUGGUGGUGGCAAUCCUACAAGUAAUACAAAUACCAAUAUGCAAGCUCCAUGCGCUGCAAGUUCUGGUUCAGAUUAAGCAUAAUUUCAAUAAUUGCAUCAACCUCAACUGUUAAUUGAGAUAAAAAUGCAGGAUGCUGUUGAUGAGAUAUUAUCCAACUGCAGUCUAAUGGAUAGUUUUGUAAACAGGGUGGUGAUUAAAAUCAGAUUCAUAAUAAAGAUGCUGGAGCAAAAGGUCUUUUAUUUGGACUCGAAUACUGAUAGAUGAUUGUAAAUCAGUUCAUAGUUAAAUUCACUAAACCCUCACGCUAUGUUUCCUGAGUAUUUAAUAUUAUAAUAGCACGACUGUGGAUUUUUUUUCUCUAAA